UUAUCAGUUCCAUAUUGAUAUUACAAGAAUCCUACUGAUAAUUACGUCAAAUUUACGCCUUGAUAGUUACGCUAAUGUUAACUCUUCUCUAGAAAAAACUCUUUUCGAUGGUGAGAGUUAUUUAUUGACAGUCUUACAGUAUCAGUACUGUUUACUGUAGCACACGCGCUUCCAACGGCUCGUUCUCCCGGGCGCGUUCUCGCAGAAUUCCUGGCUCAGGCUGCCGUUGAGCGCGGGCUCGAGAAUCCGCGGGAACGGCGCUGCCUGGUGGACGGAUUAGAAUAGAAUUCAGAACUCCUGUGUGCUUGUUGUUGUCUGUCCAUGAAGCCGAAUCCGGGUGACACUUACAUGAAGAAGUGUGAAAUUGAAUCCCAAUGUCCCGCCUGGAUGUACGAGUAAAUUGCGUUGAUACAAAGCGGAUUUAGUUUAUGACAGAUGAAUUUGGGAGACACUACAAUCAGACCUCCUGUGGGGAGGAGAAUGAAGGCCAAGGCGCCCCCUCCACCUCAACCUCCCCAGCCUGCCCCCCGCAGGAUCUUCCGUAAUGCCGUUCCUGAUGGAGGAGGAUCUUCAGGGGGAGACAGCAAGGAGAACAUGCUUCAACCCUCUGUGGAUCUCCACAUCAGUCUUCCUACAGGGUACCAGACCACCGUCAAUGUGGAUGGCAGGAAAGCUCUGAUGGAUUUGCUGGUAGAUCUGUGCAGUCAGUACCGUCUGAAUCCAGCAUAUCAUACUUUGGAGCUGCUGUCACCCGAUGCUCAGCCUGUCAGCUUUAAGCCCAACACCCUGCUGGGCGCCCUGGAUGUCUCUUGUGCCCUGAUCAAAGAACGAGUUCUGGAGGACAAGGUGAUCCGGAAACCUCCACCCAAAGUGCCAGAGAAAACGGUACGUUUGGUGGUGAACUAUCACCGCAGUCAGAAGGCUGUUGUUCGAGUAAAUCCAUUGGUCCCCCUACAUACUCUGGUGCCCGUGAUCUGUCAGAAGUGCGAAUUUGACCCGGCCCAUGUCCUUCUAUUCAAAGACAACAUCAGCCACCAACAGCUGGACUUGGACAAGUGCCUGGGCGAGCUGGGUAUCAGGGAACUCUAUGUCCUGGAUCAAACACUAGUUCUCCAGCCUAAAAUGGCUUCGACGCCUGCCUUGAACUACUCAGCUGAAUCUCUUCACUCCAACAGUCUGAGUGGAUCAGAGAAAAAGGGUCUGCUGGGCUUCCUCAAGUUUAAUCGCAGGAAAUUAAAGACUGAAGAUCAGUCCUCUGAGGACAUGGACAGUCAUGAUGAUGAUAGUGUUGUUGACAAUGCAGACACUAACAUUGAUGGUAUGUCGGUGGUGGCAAGCGGGCCAUGCGUGGAGACCCGUCCCAGCACUCUGGGUCAGUCUCAGUCUGUGAUGAACAUCUCCAAGAUGUCCCCAAAAGUGGAAUUAAAGAAACGCAGAGCUCCAGCACCCCCACCAGCUCCCACACAGACUGUACCACCGACAUCGCAGAUAAGCUCUCUGUCCUCACACAACCAGCUUAAGAAGCGAAAGGCUCCAGCAGCUCCACCCACACCAUCGCCCGAACCAGUUAUUUCCACUUCUGUGCCUACUGCAUCUGUGCGGGCCCCCUGCGUCCCGGUGCCAGUUGAAAGGACCCCGAUGCCAGCUCCCAGAGCCUCAACUCCAGCCGAUGAUUCUGAUCUGAGCCAUAGUAUUGAGGAUUCAGAGCCAGCCAGGUCCAUCUGUAGUAGCUCCAGCAGUGAUGUAGCUGCAGGAUCCAGCAGCAGUAGUCUAGCUGAAGAACCUGUAACACAUCAGGUUCAUGUGAUGGCUGCAUACACCACUUAUACACCAGAACCCGAACCAGAACCAGAACCUGAACCUGAACCUAAACCUGAAUACAAGGAAGAAGCAGCUCCUCAGACUCCGCCAGAACAAGAACCAGGUCCAAGUUCAGAGGAUCAAAUGGCAGAGGACCCAGAGCUAGAAAUGGAGCUAAAAAUGGAAGAGAUGGAGAAUAACCGUAAUAGUGGAAUAGCCUGGCUGCAUUCAGCUCAUGAGUCUGUGUCAGAGAGGAUGGCAGAGCACGAAGUGGAAACGGUGUCUGUUGCCAGCAGUGAGAGUUUUGCAGACCAGGGCUAUGCAGCAUCAGAGGGCAUGGCCGAAGAGUCCGUCCCAGUCUCUCCUUCUGAAAGGAUGCAGUCUGUGUCACCCAUGUCUGCUAACCAGUCCAAAGACUCCAGUGACAGCGAUGAGGGUUGUGCGACCUGGGGCUCCAGACAAAGUGGAAAUAUUCAGCGAGGACAUCAGUCAAUCAAGAGACAAAAUGGAUAUGAAGAAGAUUACCAAGAGAUUACUGCUGAGAUACAGCUUACCCUGGCCAAUCUAGAUGCAAAUCUGGAAGACAUUAAUCGUUUAGAAAGAAAAUCUGUGUUGCUGGAUGAUGAAAUACCUGUGUCCAUUGUUGACAUGGACAUUCCAGUGACAACUAUUGAUGAAGUUCUUGAUGAUGACCGGUGCAGCUCGAGUGAGUGCGAGGCACCAUUGUCACGCAGCUCUCAAAACAUCACCAGCCAAUUGUGUGCACCAUGUGAAGCUAUCCAAAACAAAAACAACAAUGCCUGCCUGACAGAGGAGAAACAUAGAAGUCCAUACCCAGACAUAGAGAAGCAGUCACAAGAGACUACACUCACAGUUAUUGAGAGAAAGAUGAGUCCAUCUCCAACCAAUGAGAUGCCAUCACAAGACACUAAGCCUGUGAAACAGAAACAGGGCAAUAUGGAACAGAAGGCUGUCUUCAACUCUAAGAGUAAAGAGACUAGUAAAGAGAAGAGUAAAGCUAUAACUGAAGAACUAAAGAGUCAGAAAGACACAGAAGUAUCACAAAAGUCUCAAAGUUUUGUGCGUCCUGCUGUUCAAAGCAUUCAAAAGGUUCCUGAUGAGAGACUGAAAACUGCACCUGUGGUUCAGAGGGUCAGUACAGAGACUGCUUGUGAAGAAAGGACACCUAUUACCAAAGUCCCGACAAAUCAGGGUAAGAUCACCUUGAGUUCCGUCUCUCGCUUUGGAAUGAAAACCUUCACAGUCGUCCCUCCCAAACCAGCUGUGUCUCAGACCAAGCCUGCAGGCUCUGUAGUCAUAGGUGCCAUUAAGAUUGAUGAGCAGGGCAACAUGGUUCCACAGAGACAGAUUUCCAGCGGCCCAAAGAAAAAUGUCAAUCCCAGUGUUGACACUAUUACAGAAACAUCCCCAUUGGAUAAAGCCAAAGCAUUCUGGAGCACUGCAGAGAAGCAAGACCAAUCAACUACGAUCAACCGAGGACCCGUAGUAAACAAUAAGGAUACUGAUGUGUUCAAACCCUCGAAUGUGUCUGGAGUCUCUAAACUUUCAGUGAAAUCACCUCCUGAGGAAGCACACAAAGAGGUCAUUAUAUUGGAAAGGAAGCCCAUAUCUAUAGUGGCAGUUCCAGAGCCUGCAGAAAAUCCCUCUUUCACAGCUGAAAAGCGAGAUCUCUCUUUUCUUAAACCUUCCAAAAGAACCUCCAGCCAAUAUGUAGCUUCUGCCAUUGCUAAAAACAAUAGCCUUCCCAACACUAAAAUAGAUAUCAAGCAAGCGCCAUCAGAGUCCGUUGUUGGUGUUCAAAAACCUGUCAAUCCACAAUUUAAUAGUGAAGUUAAACUUACAAACAUCCACAAACCUGCUGCUGCUUUCAAACAUCCUGAAAAUUCAGUGCCUUCUUCUGCACACCCUAAACACCUGCAAAGUUACCUCAGUCGUGUUGCAGAAAAGCCGACAAGUUCUGAGAGGAUAAGCAGUGUUGAAAAAGGCACUCUGCAUGGGGAAGACAAAACCAAAUCUCUGGACUCACAUCCCUUGAAUAACAAAAUCCAGCCUUCUACACAUGUGUCUGCUCACAUUAAACCCACGGAAUCAUCUUCUGAAGAAGCCACAUCAAUCAAUAAGUUUCCAGACACCUCCUCUGCCAGACAGACGCCAACAGACACCACAUUUCCACCACUUACAAAGAAGCCAGAGUUAAACAAAUCUGAGAAUCCAUCUGAACCAAACCAGGGUAACUUGUUUGGACCAGUUAAGAAGUUCAAGCCUGUUCAUUUUAAGCCUGUACAGAAGGAUACUUCUAUCCAUAGCUCGCUGAUGGAGGCCAUACAGUCUGGAGAAGGCAUUGAACGGCUCAGAAAGGUGUCUGGCUCGUCUACCAGCAGCACAGUUAAGAAGCCAUCUUACAAUGAUGCGGAUAACGAGCGUUCAGCACUUCUUUCAGCAAUAAGAGCUUCAAGCAACUCUGCCAGACUGAAAAAGACCAAAUCAGGAGCAGCUAAGGAGUUGGAGCAGCUCAGGAAGCUUGAGGAGGAAAGAAACGUCCAGGGAGCUGAUAUCUCACCUCCUCCCACCUCUUCUCCUGUUUUUGUGCCACCCCCACCUCCAGCCUUUAAUCCUCCCCCACCUCCACCUGCAGCGCCAGUCAAGACCCCUAUAGUGCUGCCUGCUGGAGGAAACCCAGAGGCGGCCCGAGAGGCUCUUCUGGAGGCCAUUCGCUCAGGAUCUGGGGCUCAACGACUGAGGAAGGUCCCUGUCACACAGAUGAGACGGAAAGUGAAUGGAAGACUUGGCACCAUCCAGGCAACAUCACCACUUCCUUAUGGGCGCUAGAAACCUUCACUGGAUCAUCGUUUGGGGUUCACCCAUCGCCAAAUCUGGUGUUGAAGCAUUUAUGCUAAUGCUGUUGCAGAUAUGCUAACACAAUAUUCACAGCCUUCUUUAUUUAUAGUAAUAUGCUGCUUCACAUCCGUGCCAAUACUAAUUUGCCUAGUUUCAGGCAGUUUUAUGUCCUGCUACUGACAUUCUAAUGAUGAGAUUGAAGUUCUUUGUUAAUGCUGCUUUGAGUUUGAUUUUUUUUUUCAUCCAUCUGCCUGAAUUCUGUAUAUCUAUCAGUAUUAUACCUGAAUAUAUUAUGCAGGUAUUUACUGUUGCAUCACAGUAUAGGGUGGUAGGCUGCAAUUGUAUCCACCUGCCAAUCACAACAGUCUGUGGCUUUUUAAUUUUUCUUUUUUAAAGGAACACAAACAGAAAACACUAAGAGAUUUUUAAUUGUUAUUAUAAAGGUGUUUCUUUCAAUGUUUUGUUAUUUUGAUAAUUAGAUCACAGUCAAAUUUCAUUUAAAAAGUGAACUAGAAAAUUUAGAAAAUGUUGACAAUUGACACUUUUAUUUUUGAAGCAUUGUACAGUAGAUACACAUGCCGUAUAUUUGACCAAUACACUAAUGCACUUUCUCUAAAACAGAUUAUUUUGAAAACUCUUAUAGAUUAUUUUGAAAGCCUUAUAGAUACUGUAUGAUUGGACAUAAUGUAAUCAAUUCUUUCUCACCAGUCUUCUUAACAACUGAGAUCUAGAGCUGUCAUGGUGAUUCAGUUUAAUUUAUUCCAUUGCGAAAAUCAUACACUACUAUAAUUAGAGUAAAUUGUUUAAUAUAUUUACACAAGUUGUAAAUGUAUUUAUGUUGUUGUAAUUUAGCAUUCUAGACUAUAUGACAGGCCUGUACAGUGGUAAUCUUAUUGAAUAAAUGACUUGGGUAUAAGUCAACAAGUGGAAAUUUUGUAAAAAUAUACCUGACACUAAUAUAGUAAGUUUCAAAUCUGACACUAAAGCAUUUAGUGCAAUGAAAAUAUUUUUUAAUUAUGCUUUUGUAAUGUAAUGUAUUUUUAUUUUUUAUUUUUUUGAUUGCAGCACAAACUGAAUCAAACUUGUAAAUCAAUAAAAAUAUUUUACAGUC